AUGGACCGAUACACCGUUGGGGAAAAGAUUGGCGAAGGCUCUUUUGGGCAAGUAUACUUUGCCGUGAAGCAUUCGACCAACGAAAAGCGUGCGAUCAAGCGGCUGAAAGGUGCCUUUGCGUGGGAAAAGGUUGUGCCAAUGCGAGAAUUGCAGUCCUUGAUGCAGCUCACUCACCACGCCAACAUUGUUCAGCUACACGAAGUACAUCUCGUCAGGGGCGUCGUUCAUUUCGUCUUUGAGUAUGUGCCGAACGGCUCCCUGCACGAUCUUAUGAUGCUCCGGGCGAAAGCCGAGCAGGGUCCACUUGAAGAGAUUGACGUUCGCGCAAUAGUCCAACAAGUAUUGCAAGGCUUGGAGCAUUUGCAUCGUCAUGGUCUUAUGCACCGAGACAUCAAACCCGAAAAUCUUUUGUUGGCCGGAACAGUCGUCAAAGUCGCCGACUUUUCGAUGGCUCGUGGUGUAGAGAAUAUGUCCCCCUUGACUUCGUACGUGUCGACCCGGUGGUACCGGGCUCCCGAGGUCCUCCUUGCAUCUCCAGAUUACGAUCAAGCGGUUGACAUCUUCGCCACGGGAUGUAUCCUGGCCGAACUCCUCUCUUUGGAACCCCUCUUUCCAGGCCGCUCGGAAAUUGAUCAAUUGCAACUAAUCUUUGCCCUAAUGGGGCAACCAACGUCACGGACGUGGAAAGAAGGCUUUCGGCUAUUGCAGCGAUUGGGAGUGAUCGUAGACGGUGCAUCCACUGCCAAGGCCUCUAUAUCUCCUCGGCAAGGAUUGGUGCAGCAUCUUCCUUCGGUAUCGGCUGCUGCUGUGGACUUCACCUUCGCAGUCAUAACUUUGAAUCCGAGGGACAGGCUUACGGCGUCUGAAGCGUUGAGGCAUCCCUUCUUAAAACCCUUACUACGGCAACCGAUUCUCGUCAAUACGACCACAAGCACUCCAGCAAGGAGCAAAGCAUCAUCUGGGCCCACUGCUGUCACAAUUACCCCUUUCCAACGUCCAUCGAUGACUGACGUGGAUACCCCUGAACGCCUUACACACACUGCACUCCCCGUAGGUUCCGCAAAAAGACGCAAGCCAACCGAUGCUUCCGAGAUGUACAUCUCGAGUGCUUUCGAAGUCCAGUGGAGAAAAUCAACCCAUACCAUCGCACGGCUACCUGAGACCUGACAGGACUAUUACAGCCUUUUAGUAGAAUAGCCAGCAAAUAAAGUGUAGAAUUUACAUGUUUCAGUACUGCAGGAUCUUUACAGAGCAAAUAUCAUUUCAUCACGUUUCUGUGUACUGAUGAAAUAAUUCAUGCUUUGACAGCGCAAAAACACUUCGAGGACAAGAUCAAAAUCGUCCAUAGACAACGCGAGUUCGUUGGAUUUACCAGUCUUGUGAAAAAGGGGCUCGAGGACGGUCGAUUCGCGUAGCGCUUUAAUGCGAAAGAACCGAUCUUCAUCGAAUAGCACCGUAGGUUCAUGGGCUUCUUCGUCUUCCCCAGGUUCUUCAACCCAGUAACAACAUCCUGGUAAACCAGCAAGGAGCUCCACUACAAAAGUGUGACACACUUUACAUAAAGCAUCAAAGGGUGAUUGGUCCGACAGUUUGCUAUUUUCUGAAAGAUCCAUCAAUACAGCGUCGCAGGACCAAGUUUGUGGGUCUAUAGUAGUACCGAAUAUUCCACCCAAUGACUGCGCCAAAAAUAGUACCUGUGAUCGCAAAACUCGACUCGUGUCGGCACUAUUGGGGAUGCCACGGCCAAGUUCGCUGUUGUGGGCAAACGAAGGAGCAAGAAUAACACGCCCA